AUGUACGAGUUCAGGGCGCUUGUCUCCUCCGGAUUUCACGGAUACUCCGCUCCUGCACCUCGAGGGCUUUCAGCGGAGGAGAAAAGAGUCAAGCUCUUGGAGAUCUUCCAUGAGACGCUCAAAGAACUUGAGAAAAUGGGACCGAAAAUGAAGGGGAUAGUCUCGCAAUCCGUCAAGGAGGUUCUACAGUCGUUGGUUGACGACGGGCUAGUCCAGAUGGACAAGAUUGGCUCCUCGAAUUUCUUCUGGAGUUUUCCUUCCCAACGCGGUGCCAUUAUGCAAAACAGGCUGGCAGUGAUCAAGGAACAGCACGUCUUGCUUCAAGCCCAGGUCACUGAGCUACGCGCUGCUGUCGAAAUAGAGAAAGCGACGCGGCCGGAGAGUAGCGAACGCGCUGAGGCACUGGAAAAACUUGCAACGCUGAAGACGGAGUACGCCAAGUUAGAGACCGAGCUUGCUGCAUAUGGCGCGUGCGAUCCAGCCAAAGUCGAAGAGAAGAAGCGCGCAGUCAUCCUUGCGAAGGAAGCUGCGGUACGGUGGACAGAUAACUAUCUCGUGCUCUUGUCGCACUUUACGCGCCAGAAUGGCGUUGAGGCAGCUGACAUACGAGCAUACUUGGGGAUUGACGAAGAGUAUGAAGACCUGGACGCUUGAAACUGCGCUUGUCGUUCCCGCCUAUCCUAAUGCCUACCGUACGAUGGGCAAUAUGAUAUGUCGUCGCCGUCUUAUCGCACACGUCGGAAUGGGAAGGCGUCUUGCACACACCACAGCGUAUGGCAGGUAGUGUGAAGUUCAUGGAACGUAUCAUCAGCCUCUAUAUAUUCAGCUGGACCCUAGUGUCCCUAAUUCGGCACGAUCCUCGGUUUCCGAUGUUGUUCUAGC